UGGCAACGAGGAGCUGCAUACAAUUAAAAUAAACUUUAAACAGCGCGUCGGGCAACCAGAAUAAGGAAGUGGUUUUAAAGCGAGCUUUCUUCGUUGUUUAGUGCACUUCGUACGUGACCAGCGGCCGCUGCAGGCUCCCACGGACACCAUGGUUCCUCUGAAUAGAUGAGAGUAUGCAACAGAAAUGACCACUGAGCUGUAGACGAGCGUAGGCUGCGUGGCUCACUAAAACUACUUCACUGCCUCUAUUGUCUAAAAGCCAGCCGUCCAGAAGAUGGGGCAUCCUCCUUUGGAGUUUAGUGAGUGCUAUCUGGACAGUCCGGACUUCAGGGAGACUCUUAAGUGUUAUGAACUGGAGCUGGAGAGAUCCAGCAAAUUUCUCAAAGAGUUGAUAAAAGAUGGAAACAGUGUUAUCACUGCAAUCAGGGGCUAUUCUGUGGCAGUUCAGAAGUUUUCCCAGACUCUCAGUGCGUUCCAGUUCGACUUCAUCGGUGACUCCUUGACAGAUGAUGAGAUUAACAUUGCUCAGUCGUUCCAGGAGUUUGCUGGACUCCUGCAGGAAGUGGAGGAUGACAGGAUGAUGUUGGUGCAGAACGCUUCUGAUCUACUCAUCAAGCCGUUAGAAAAGUUCAGGAAGGAGCAAAUAGGACUAACAAAAGAAAAGAAAAAGAAGUUUGAGAAAGAGAGUGAAAAAUAUUACUCCCAGUUAGACAAACAUCUGAAUCUUUCUGCCAAGAAGAAAGAGACUCAACUUCAAGAGGCUGAUGAACUCUUAGACAAAGAGAGAGUGAACUUCUAUGAUUCCUCAGUGGAGUAUGUGUACCAGAUCCAUCAGGUACAGGACAGGAAGAAGUUUGAUGUGGUGGAGCCGGUGCUGGCAUUUCUACACAGCAUUUUAACGCUCAAUAACCUGACAGUGGAAAUGACUCAGGACUUCAUGCCUUACAAACAAGAGCUGCAGCUCAGCUUGCAGAACACAAGGAACCACUAUGAGAGCACUCGCGAGGGGAUGGAGGAGCUGAUGAAAAGAAUGAAACACCCAUCUCAGAUCAGUAAAAUGCACAGUCUUCUUCCAAUGGAGGGUUACCUGUACUGUCAGGAGAAAUGGGCUCUGGGCGUGUCAUGGGUAAAAUACUAUUGCAAGUAUCACAAGGAUGGGAGACUGCUGGUCAUGGUACCUUGUGAACAGAAACCUACAACUAAACAGGGCCCUACGCAGCUGACACUGAAAUCCUGCAUUCGCCGGAAGACUGAAUCCAUAGACAAGCGCUUUUGCUUUGACGUGGAAACAAACGAGAGAAACACCCCCGUCACUUUCCAGGCUCUUUCGGAGGGAGACAGGAAGUUGUGGAUGGAGGCCAUGGAUGGAAAAGAGCCAAUCUAUCAUUCCCCAAUUCACAAGCAAGCUGAAAUGGAACUGAACGAGAUUGGAUUCAAGUUUGUGAGAAAGUGCAUCAACUAUAUUGAAACAAAAGGAGUUACACAAGAAGGAGUGUACCGAACAGUUGGCAGCAACAUCCAAGUGCAGAAGCUUUUGAAUGCCUUCUUUGACCCCUCAAACUCUGGAGAUGUGGCUCUCCAGGGCAGCGACUGGGAUGUUAAAACCAUCACAAGUGCAUUGAAGUUUUAUCUAAGGAGCCUGUCUGAACCUCUGAUGACCUACAGUCUGCACAGAGACCUCAUGUGCGCUGCAAAGUCAGAUAAUCUGGACUUUCGAUUAAGUGAAAUUCACUGCCUGACCUACAAACUACCAGAGAAGAAUCGGGAGAUGCUGGAGAUGCUUAUUAAACAUUUGGUCAAUGUAUGCAGUCACAGUGAAGACAACCGUAUGACCCCUUCAAACAUGGCAGUUAUCUUUGGACCCACGCUGAUGAGAGCAAAAGAGGAGACUGUGGCAGCCAUGUUGGACAUCAAGUUCCAAAAUAUUGUUGUUGAGAUUCUGAUUGAGGAAUACAAAAAGAUCUUCAAUUGUAUGCCAGAGGACAGCACCGCCCCACCUGUCCCUCCUCCACGGAUCACCCCGAGAAAGCGGCAACCCAUCACAAUCUCCAAGCGGCCACCUCGUGCUUACCAAGCUAUUAGUCCUGACCAAUACCAACACACAGCGAAUGGCCAGAAUGACAGCUCUAUUGCAGAUAGGGAAGUCUCAGCAAACCCUGUCCCCCUGCAGCGGACCAAAUCUGUUCCAAGAGAACCUCCUCCGAGACAAGCAUUACUGCCCAGACCCCCUAAUCGUCAGGACAGACAAUCAGACUCUGAUGCCGGAAAGAUAGACAAUUCAAAGCAAAGGCCAGAUUCUUCUUCUGCAGCAAAUGGGGAGUCAGGAGUCUAUGUGAGCCGUGUGCCAUCUUUCCAGAGCAGAAGACCACCUCUGAAAGGCACAUCAGCCAACAGAGAAGGAGAUUGUGAUGGUCUGAACAAAACGAGGUCAACAGAGAAACCUGCCAUUUGUAGACCUCCAGUCAGGCCUCCUGAGCCCCCCUCCAGACUCCCCCCUGUACAAAAGGCCCCAAGUUCAAACACCAGUGAUGGCGCACACACAUCCUAUGUUGCCUCUAAAACAAAGUUUUUUGAGAAUGCUUCUAGACAAACUGGCAGUCCACCACUUUCUCCGCCACCAUCAGCAAUGUCAAAUGUCAAAAAAGAGAAUUAAAUGUAAGGAGACUCAGGCCGCAUCAUGUGACCUCUACAUGUGCUGUUAGACGCACACUAAUGGACGAUCCAGAUCUUAUUGGAUAGAUGGAGGAAAUGGCUCUCCAUAGAACUGAAGGAAUUUAUUUGGUUCUGUUUGAUUUGUAAUCAAUAGAGUUGUGCUGUACAGGAGAUACAGCAGCGAAUUGCCUUUUGAACGAGAUGCAGCGUUAUUGUUCUAGUGGUUGAACAUUAUUCCAAAGUUACGAUGGAGUAAAAGUACUUAUUUCUUUCUUGUUUCACUUCAAUUGACAAUUAUGUCAAUUAUUAUUACAAUAUUUAGUAAUUUUACAGUGUUAAAUAGUUUGAGUGACUCUUGGACAAUUUUAUUUGUAGGAAUUAACUAGUGUAACUGGUUCUGAUGGUUCAUAUAGACUUUUAGUCUACAUAAUUAACACUUUUUUCAGCAGUGUGAAAUAGAUCUCCCAAGGUAGAUUAACUGAUUCAAAUUGACUUAAUCAGAUGAAAUAGAACUAGUUUUAAAAUGUGAAAUAUUAGUCUUAAUAUUAAUUUCUAGAUUGUAUUAAAUGGACCAGAUAAUGGACUUGACAAAACUAGUUAAUUCAGUAGAUCUGCUUACAGAAAACCAACUGCUAGAGAUUUAAUUUUAGUAUUUACACAAAACAGUGUGUAAAAAAAUACUAAUGAGAAAAAUUACAUUUGUAGCAGAAAGGAAUGGGACAGAUAAAUUGAUAUUGAUCUACACUAUGGAGUAUUUAUGUCUGUUUUAGUUGGUCUAUUCAUAAAGAAUAUUUAGGUCAUAAUUUAAAAUCCAUUUUUAAACAUAAGUCACUUUUUAAGAGGCAUUAGGAAAAGUAUUCUGCUAUAAGCUGUCAGCUUGUAGUUGUUAGUAUUAGUUUAAUUGGGAAUUAUUAAAACAAAUUUCCCAGUUUACAUUCCUUUAUUAAUGACCUCAGAGUCAUUCACUUCUUACCUAAUGUGGGUAGGUUUGAUUGUUCAGGUGAGUCCUCAGAGUUUACCUGAUUUUGUUGCACCUCAAAUGAAUAUUUGAGAUAAAAAAGCAGGUGAAGGGAAACAAAGCUGAUGUUAUAAUAUGUGAAAAUAACACUCCAAUGUUUAUUUUGUACUUAAAGUUGUUUUAAUGUUGUUGUUUUUUUGGUUAACCCAACUUGGAUUUCCUGGUUGUUGUCUGGUUGGUCUGUAUUUUUGAAAAGGAAAAUAAACAUGAACCAUUCUUAACGUUCCUCUGUGCUGUGUAUUACAAUUAAAAAGAUAUAAUGUUUACCAUGUUCACCAUCUUGGUUUAGCUGUUAGCAUGUGAACGUUGCUAAAUGGCACUAAACACGAUACAGCUUAGUCUGAUGGGAAUGA